AUGAACCUUUUCCAGGUUUACCUCGCUAAUUUAGCCCAAUUAGAAACCAAACUAAUCACCAGUCAAAAAAGACUAAAAAAAUCUCGCCAAAAAGCCAAAAAAUACAAAAAAGCCAAUCAUCUUCAAUACCAGACUCGAAGAGUUAUUGAAAACAGGGAAUUAAUAGCCCAAAAUGAAACUUUAAAGAAUCAAAAAAAUUUCCUAAUCAAAAAAGCCGUUGAGUUAUCUAAUUAUAAAAUCAAAGCCGAAGAAUUACAAAGACACCUAAACUUAGCUUACCGCAAUAUUUAUGAGCAAAAAGAAGUAAAAUUAUUAGAGCAACAAAGAGAAUUAUUAAUCAGAAAAACCGUCGAAUUAUCUGAUAAAAUUACAGAUGCCAAUGCUAAUUAUUAUAAUACAGUAAUCGAUUUGGUCAAAGAAAAAUCCCAAUCCAGAAAAGCAAGUUUGGCUCUCAAAAAACGAGCCUUAGAAUUAAAAAAUGAUUUCAAUAACAAACAAAGCGAAGCAACUAGUUUACAAAGCAAAAUUACCAGAGCCGAACAUGAUUUAGGAAUAGGUUUAGAUAAUUUAACUGCUGAAUUAGAGGCCAACAACUAUAAACAACAAUUAGAACAGCAAAAAGAUUAUGAGGAAAUUAAGCAAGAACAGAGCCAAUUAAAAACUGAACUUAACCAAAAAGAAACUUCAAUAAUUGCCAAAAUCAAUAGCGAAUUGAAAUUAGACCUAGGCAAGGAAGUCAAUUUAGAACAAACGAUAGAAAAAAUUAAAGAGUUAAUUAUUAAUAAAUCCCCUGAUAAUAGUCAAGAAACUAAUUUAGACAGUCUUCGCCAGCAAGUAGCCGAAAAGGAUGAAGAAAUCAAACAAUUGGAACAGGAAAUAGAGAAAAAUGCUGGUUUUUCUGGUUCUCGGGAACAUAAUGACAAAGUUAACUUACUCCUUGCCAAAAUUCAACCCAAAGGUGAUGAAGUGGAUACGAAAGAUUUAAAAGAAAUUAACCAGUUAUUCGGAACGUCUGAAUAUGAAAAGCAAAAACGGAAAAUUAGAGAAUUAGAAAUAAAAUCGGCUCAAAAAGACCCCGAAAAAUAUAAGGAACUAGUUAAGGCAAGAUUAGAUAAAGGAUUAUCUAAAUACGAGUUAAAAGUCGAUGAAUUAACUCCCCAAAUUAAAAAUGAAGUAGAAAGUUUAAAAGAAAAUAAAAUGAACGAUGCAGAGAAGAUAGUUAAAAUUUCAAAUGAAAUUAUUAGAAAGGUCAAUCUCGAAGGAGCUUCUAAAAAAAUAAAUAGUUUGAUAAAUCAAGGCAACCAAUUUCUCUAUAAAGUUAAACAAAGUCAAACCAAAGCAAAAGUUGAUAAAACGAUAAAAGAUAUUAAGAAGUUUAUUAGUGAGAAUAAUAUUUUUCAGCAAAAAGCAUAUCAACUCCAAAAACCCCAAGUAGAACAAUUACUCAAAGAUUUAGAGAGUUAUUCCACCCAAACGAUUGUCUCAAAGAAUCAUUUUCCGUUGGUUCCGACAGUGGUUAGUGUUCUUUUACUAAUUUUUUUGAUUAGUUUAGUAAUUGUUAUUAUUAGAAAUGUUAGAGUUAGUCGAAUUCGAAAAAGGGGGAAUAAUUUAUAA